AUGAUUCUUCGGAAUUGCGUUGUUCUAUUGAUUGUGAUAUGUAGUAGACAAUUACAAAUUGAAGCGGGUUGUGUUGUAUCAGAUUACAGUGAUGAUUAUUUGAUAUGCGAUUAUGUUUAUGAUCUUUUGACUCCACACAAUCUAUCAUAUGUUAGAGAAAUAAGAAUCAAAGAAUGUUCGGAUAACAAUACCAACAAUUUCAACUCUAGUUAUGAUCCUAUGUACAGUGUUAAAGAGAUUACAUUUGCUUGUCCAGUUGUACGAAUUCCUCAAUUAACAUUCUACGUGUUCCCACAACUUCAUAAUGUCAAUUUACCAAAAUGCAAUAUGUCAAGAGUUUAUUGGCAAUCAGUUUAUAAUACAAACUCAGCGCUUGUUGAUUUGGGAAAGUGCCCAGUUCCAUGCACUUGCGAACAUGAAUGGUUAUUGAACUUGGGCCAUGAAUUCACAUAUGUUUUAUUACCGCCUGGAUUUCGAAGAUGUGAAUUGAAUUGCCGGAACUACAGAAUUCGUGCCGAUAAUUAUUUGAUCAAAGCAAGAGAAGGAGAUGAUGUUUCUAUCACAGUCACCGUUGAAGAUGAUUAUGUUCCUAUUAUAACCAACAGGUAUUUUGUUUAAUUCAAAAAAAAUUUUCAAAAAAAAAGCCAAAACGGAAAUUGGUGGGCGUUUGCCUUUUUCCGCGUCACCAGAUAUCUUAGAAACACAUUGUACUUUUCGCAAUAAAUGUUCAUCGGGGAAAAAUUAUAAUCACACUUUCCUAGUUAUUUAUGGAAAAAUACGUUUUUGGUGAUCGAUUAAAAAUUAGAUAAGGUUCCCGUCGAUGUCAUUAAAACUGGGAUUACUAAAAAUGCGACAAUUGCAAUUAUUCCGUUGCGAAUAGAAUAGAAAAUGAACGCUGGCACAAUGAUAAAUUCAAAAUGCGACUGAUUGUUCAAAUCUGUGAUGACCAAAUAUCUCAAAAACAUCUCUACGACGAAAAAAACCCAAUAAAUAUUUUGUUGCGAGUAUAAAAAAUUGCGACAAGAUCCAUGUCUCAAGAAGUGACCCUUAUUUUUUUUUCUUAACAAUCCGCUAGGUGUGGAGGUCUACAUUUUACUAGGAAAAGCUUGGUGGGUCACGGUAAUUUGAAAAGAAUAUGUAGCUACAUAUUUUUUGGGAAAAACACUGUUUUUAUUAAAGUUGGAUCUCAUUUGGAAGAUCAUGAUGUGAUUACUACAUUUUUUCAAAGAUUUUUUGGAUGUUUCUCGAACCAAUUUCAAAGUUCGUUUAAAAUAUACUGACAUCCUCAUAAACUAGAACUGUUAUGGUCUUGAAACACUUCAUUCACAUUAAUAAAUUAUAUUAAAAAAUUUCCAGUAAGCAAUAUUUUGAAUGGCGUCACUUGCAUCAUCAUAGACACAAAGAACAUAUCACCAACGACACAUUUGUUAUCAAUAUCAAAAACAUCACCGAAAAUGAUGUAGGAAGUAUUGACGUGAUUUGUUGGCACUGUGUGCACUUCCUGAGAACUACGGUUGAGGUAUGUUUCAAAUAAUCCUGCAGAUAUUAAUAUGAGCAUACUAAAAAUUGUAUUGUUUCAGCUUCAUGUUGAUCGCUCGUUGAAUAUCUCAUUCCUCGAAAAAUUGAAUCAUGACACCGAUCAUCUUAUGGUACAAGGAUGGCCUCUCAAUAAUUUGACUUUGACAUUAACACAUGUAAGUUGAAAACAGACAAUUAUGAAACAAUUAAUUGUUUUCUCACAAUUUCUAUAUUCCCAGAAAUAAUUGCCAAGCUUUAGCUUGUCUAACAUAUACGUUUUCAUAUCAAAAUUCACAAUUUUGCAUAAUAUUCACUUCACCUGAAAAUUUUCCGCCCACCUAUUUUUUUCCAGAAUAAAAAAACUACAAUCUAGUUAUUUUACACUAUAGUCUCAAUAAAAAAUCUGUAACGACAUCGCGUGAUCAUAAAAAUUAAGUGCUUGAAAAAUUCGUAUAUUUUCAGGUUCCUACAAAUCGCACUGAAACUCGUGUAAUGCUUGACUCUUCUGUAAAAUUCUUCAAGUGUUUGAUCGUGUCUCCUGAGUCAAUGUAAGUUUUCUAUCUAUAGAAGAGUUUCAGUCAAAAACAUAAAUAUUGAUUUUUCAGUGGGCAGUUUCAUAAGAGAUUGUUCAAAAUAUAUUUGAAUAUGAAUGUUGAAGAAGAUCUUCUCACUGGUUUGACAAUUUUCGAUGUUUGCGCCGAUGGGAAAGGAUGUCAAAGCAUAGAAAGAGAGUUGUGGCUUCUUGGACCACCUGUAAGAAUCUUGUUCUACUAGGGAAAAUAUAUAAAUCAAUUAAAAGCUUUUUUUUCAGCCGAAACCUAGAACUUCUCCUGCACCACCACUUCCAAUAAUCAGGAAUUAUUGGAAAUAUUUGAUGAUAUUUUUGGGAAUCUUGCUUUUUCUCGCAAUCAUUGCUUGUGUAUUUCUUUGCUGUUGUUCUCGAUCCCGCCUCGCACGAUUUGUUCGCGGAGAGGUAAAUUGAAACAAAAAUAUUCCACUAAAAAUCAGUGUUUCAAUUAAGUUUACUCUAAAUAUAUGUAUUCCAAGUAAUUUUAAAUUUUCCGUAAACAUUGAGACAAUUUUCACUUCAGAGACAUUUUCAGUUUACUGGGCGUUUUUCAGAGAAAAGCGUUUGAUAAAUUUGAUCGUGUUUUUGAGAGAUGACCAGUACAAUUUGAUCCAUGAACUAAAAAUCUACUAUCUACCGUACCCCACAACUAAUAAAAAUUACAGUUUGCUCGAAUUCGUCAUAUCGUAAACCGUCGUGGAAACGCUAACGGUGAAGUUCAAGAGGGAGAAGAGUUACAAGUUGAACAAGCUCGUAAGCCAAGUGAUGCUACAGAAGAAACAUUUUUGCAAAAAAUGGAACAAUCCUCAUUGAUCUCUGAUUAUACAGAUACCGUUGUGGAAAUUAUUGCAUGUGGCCAAAUUAAGAUUCACGAUGUGAUUGGACGCGGUGAAUUUGGUCGAGUAUAUCUGGGAAGUUGGGAUAAAUUGGGUGAAAACUCUAUUGCCAUCAAAACAGUGUCGAGUUUCAAUGAAGAGAUUGUGAAGGAGGCUGUCCUGAUGUCACGAUUGAAUCAUCCCAACAUUGUGCGUUUAUAUGGUAUGACCGAGCAGGAUAAAAAUCUUUUGCUCGUCUUUGAGUAUAUGAACCAUGGUGAUUUGCGAAGAUAUUUGCGUGAGCGUAAACCGAUUUCUGGAGGAUCAUAUGCACAAUUCCCACCAGCACUCAAUCAUCGAGAAUUGAAAAAGAUCAUUGUAGAUGUAUGUUUUAAUACGGAAUUGUUAUGUGACAGUCUCAGAUAUUGUGAUAGUAAUAGAACUUUCACAAUGUUAAAAUCAUAUGUUGAAUACUAAUUUAUUAUCAAUUUUUUUAAAUGAGUUUUCAUAUAAAUCACGAAUCCCAUCACCACAAUAACGAUAUGAUUUGUUUCCCUAAUAAAAUUAAGUUUUCAGAUUAUUAACGGUCUUGGCUAUCUUGGAAAACAACAAGUUGUUCACCGCGAUAUUGCGACACGUAAUUGUCUUGUUUCGGGACAAAGCGAUCUUCGUGCAACUUCAGCCGCUUCAAGACCACCAACGAUUGUCAAAAUUUCUGAUUUCGGUUUGUCUCGAAGACUCCAAGGAUCAGAUUAUUAUCGAAUGGAAGGUCGAAGUCUUCUACCAGUUCGUUGGAUGCCUGCAGAAUCGAUUGUUGGCAACAAAUUUACUCAUCACAGUGAUAUUUGGUAAGGGAUUUUGUUUGGAGAUAAUUUAUUGAUAUAAAUAAUGAAAUAAAAACUGUUUUAUUUAGGGCUCUUGGUGUGACCAUCUGGGAAAUUUUCAACUUUGGAAUUUUGCCAUACGCUGGAGUUUCGGAUGAAGUUAUCAUUGCGAAAAUUAUUGCUGGUCUCCACCCAGAAAAAACCGAUCUGUGCCCAGAGGCCAUGUAUAAAUUGAUGGAAAAAUGCUGGAAAUCUGAGCCUGAGGAGCGAGUCAGCGCAGAUGAACUUCUUCUUGAUCCUGAAUUUGAGGAUAUUGUUUUGUGCAAACCGAUCAUUCAAAAACCACAAAUCUGUGCUGCUGAAAAUUUGAGCAACACAAUUGGAGAAGAAAAAAGUGCGCUUUUGGAGGCGAUUUGA